AAUUAAAAAUAAAAUUAUUAAUAAUAGGAUGACGAGUUUUUCUUCUUCUUCUUUUUUUUCUUGCGUUUCCCGCAAAAAAUAACUGCUCGUUUAAUUCUCAGAGUUUUCUUUAAAGAAAGGGAAAGAAAUUGUCGGUGAAUUGCGAAAACUCGUCAUAGCAUUUUCUUCAUCUUCUUUAGAUCGAAUCAGGUUCGUAUGGUUGCAAAGUAGCCUCAGUAAUUGACUUCAUUACCAUUGAUUGUGCCAAUUUCGAAGUUUGCUAUUAUUGCCCAGUGAUUAGUUAUGUUUAGUUGGUUCUAAUGAAAAUCAGCAAGUUCGUUUUUGGUGGAAAAGUUGUGUUUGUCACCAAUGGGUGUGAACUACUUGGUGAUCUCAGUGUUCUCUACAGCUUUAAGCUUUAUAGCUCUUCAACUUCGGACAGAAUUUUCACUACUUCAAACUGAUGGGUUAAUUACUGAGAAUUUUAUUCAUACGGAAAAUGUCAACCAUGUACCUGAGCUUCUUUUGGGUUCUUACUCCAUCAUGGCUCUGCUGGCAAAUUUUGUGCUCAAUGUAUUUAUUCUAGUCAUCCUUACUCUAAAGACUGUAUUCUUUGGUCAGUUAUACUCUUCAGAAAUUCGGAAAUUAAUAGAAUGCAUUAUCAACUAUGUUAUCUACAAGGGGACCUUUUUACCAUUAGUUAUUCCACCAACAAUAAUCCAAGCAGGUCUUUGGUUAAUCUGGUUGACUGUUAUAUGUUGUCUAAAGAUGUUUCAAGCUUUGGGCAGGGAUAGACUUGAGCAUUUGAAUGCAUCUCCUUCUGUUACACCGUGGGCAUACUUCCGUGUCUUUUCAGUGUUUCUCUUUGUCCUAUCUUUCAGUUUCUUCUGGAUAGGGCUGAGCUUUGUGCUAUUCAAAACACUGAAUCCGUCUAUGUUUCUGCUGUUGUUUUUUGAGCCUCUCAGUAUUACUUUUGAGACCUUGCAGGCAAUUUUGGUUCAUGGGUUUCAGCUGCUUGAAAUAUCAUUCCAUGCAGUGGGCAACACUGUAGAUUGCGAAAGAUCAAAACUAUUUGAUUUAUCAGUUGCAGGUUCGUUUUGGGAAUGGAAGGGCAUUCUUAUUCGCAAUCUAGGUUUCUUCCUUGACUUGGCAACACUGAUAAUGGCAGUUGGCCAUUAUGUGCUUAUUUGGUGGCUUCAUGGCAUGGCAUUCCAUCUAGCAGAUGCAGUUCUUUUCUUGAAUAUACGCGCAUUGCUAACUGCAAUUGUGAAACGAAUAAAUGGAUUUAUCAAAUUGAGAAUGGCAUUAGGUGCUCUUCAUGCGGCACUUCCUGAUGCAACAUCUGCAGAGAUACAGGCAUAUGAUGAUGAAUGUGCCAUAUGUCGGGAAUCUAUGGCCAAGGCUAAAAAGCUUCAUUGUAAUCACCUUUUUCAUCUUUCUUGCUUGAGAUCUUGGUUGGACCAAGGCUUAAAUGAAGCUUACUCAUGUCCAACAUGUAGAAAGCCACUUUUCCUGGGCAGAACUGAAAAUGAGGUGAAUUCCCGUCAAAUAAAUUCUGGACUUGAUCGGCAAAAUAUGCCUGGUCACACUUUAGCUACCGGAGUAUUCCCAAAUCAAAUGCAGAACCCAGUGGAGGGCAGCCCUUGGAGGAGUGCAGAACUGGAUUCAGGAUGGCUGCAUUCUUGGCCAACCCAGAGUGUUGAUGGAGCAGGUCCUUCUACCGGUGUUGGAUCUGUUGGACUUGGGAGAGUUCAUAUGAUGAUGAGGCAUCUUGCAUCUGUCGGAGAUACUGCUGUUGAACAUACUGCUCGGAGCCCCUGGUCCAUGAAUCUGUCUCAGGCCGCUGCAUCUGUUUCAUCAGUUCCACCAAAUGUCGGCGGAAGAUACCCUGGAAAUGCUGGCAGUUUACGUAUGAGGACUACCCCAAGUACAGGAAAUGGCAACAUAGCAAACAUACUUGCCAUGACUGAGACUGUACGAGAGGUUUUGCCACAUAUCCCGGAUGAGAUGAUUAUUCAGGACUUGCAGAGAACAAAUUCUGUUACUGACACAGUGAAUAAUCUUCUUCUCCAAAUGUGAUGAUGUGCUGUCUCCUUGGACACAUGCUUCAUCCAUUCUAGUUCAUUAACAAAUAUCCUGGUCUUUUAGCAUAUGUGAUGCUGAUGCCAAUGGCAAUGCCAACCUUUUUGAGGUUGUUGGGAUCAGAAAAUGGCCGGUUCCUCUUGUAUAAAUAUAUGAUGAUGGUUGGUUGCGUGAAUAUGAAGGCAAGGUUAGUGAAUCAGAUGGUGUUAUGGAUAGAAAAGAAAGCAUGAGAAGUUAACAGUUGUAUUGGUUUUUGUUGUUGUUAUUGUUUUAAUUUGAAAAAUAGAAGUUGGUCAUCAGCAAUGAGUACGAGGGUUGGCGUUGGUAAUGCCAUUCACAUUGGUCUUGAAUCUCGAUCCCACCACAGCUGAAGCAGCAAAAGGAGAGAGAAAGAGAGAGAAAGGCGUACAUUGUUUUGUUAGAUGUUUGUAUGAGAAUGGUGGCAGUGGAUCCGAAACUCUAACUUUACUUUGGGUUUUAAGUAGUAUUGUAACUACACCCACAAAUUUAAUAAAAAUAAAGCAGACUUUUGAUCUUGCAUUUACAGAAA